CGGCUGGCUCCCUGGGUAAAUCGCGAGAUCUAUUCUCAGAUCAGCCACCUCACUCGGUCAAUCAUUUCCCUUGACCUCGCAGUCGACUCCAUCCAGCCCGUCCCGCUCACCCACCCGCUGCGCCUUUGUCUUCUCCAUCGGCCGACCAACGGGCAGGAGGGCAGGUGGGCAGGUGGGCUGCCACAAUACCAACGUCGUCACAAGGUUUUUGACACGUCUGCCAACCCUGUCCAGGCAAGGCAUGGACCUUGUGUGCUCAGCUCCCGCAUAUGUGCCCGAAACUGAGAUUGGGUUAAGCUCUACGUGUGCUGUAAGGCACAUGCACAGGCACAGGCACAGGCACAGACAGAAAACAACAGCACAGUGACCAAAACAACGCAGCCACGCAGCCAGCAGCCAGCAGCCAGCAGCCACGCUAUGACAUGACAAGUAUCUCCAACCCACUGCCCACACGGCGAGCAGGCCGACCCCCCCUCAGCUGCGCCGCUGCAGGCCCAGGCCGCCUAAACAAGCCUCUUAUCAAACUAGACCUUGGCCGCCGCCAGGCACACGCCCUAUCACAGCUGCCCGUCUUGCCAAGAUGCCCCAGUGCCCCUGACAAGGCCAGUAGCCUCAGGAACAUUUUGCUCGAUGCCGCCCUGCCGCCAUGACAAUCCUACCCACCCUCGUCCCCCCCCCACCGAGAAAGAAACCUUAUCCUCCUUUGUCCUGUGUGGUCGUGGGCGCUACCCUGUGGGCCGUUGGGACCCAGUGAAUAAGCAUGUCCCUCACUCCAUCUUACGAGCCUAGGCCGCCCCCCCGAUGGCCGGUCUUGCUGUGGUUCUGGCCCAGGGGAGGGGGGCCAGGGCUGCGCCGUCACUCUGCCGCCCACAUCCGCCCGCCUGUUUGUUGUUGCUUUGGUGUGCCCCUGGUGUCGUUUCUGGGCUGAUGCUGGUCCAUGUUCGUCCGGUAUUUGAACUGCCCGUUGCCCUCCUCCCUCGUUGUUUCUGUGUUUCCUCUUUCUGACAGCAUAGCACUCUCUAGUCAUUCCUUCACCAGAGCAGGCAACUCUCACUCUCUACACUCCGUAGCCAUCACUCCUUAGAGGCUUCGUCGAGCAAACAGACUUACACAACAGUCUAGUCACUCUCUUACAGAGACAACCACCACAGUCCUUCACCCGAAGAAAAAAAAACCACACAAAUACCGCAAACAUGCAGUUCCCCGCCAUGAAGCGUCUCCAGGUCCUGGCCGUCCUCUUCCAGGCCGCCCUCCUCACAUCUGCCCUCCCCAUCGAGAACCGUGGCACAGCAAUUCACUCCGGCAAGCGACUUAUGCUGUGGGACUACACCCUGACCCAGGCCUACGCCUCAAACGCCAACAUCCAGGCCUCUGCCUCUGCCCUCAGCACAUCCCCAGGCGUCGUCGCUGCUGUCAACUGGAACACAUGGAAGCCCGAGGAGCUGUCAGAUAUCGUCCCCUUCCAGCCCAUGAUCCGCACCCCUGCCCAGCUGCAGGGUGAUGAGUACAAGAACCUUGUCAGCAGCAUCCAGGCCCAGGGUGCCAACGCCGUUGUUCACUUCUACAACGAGCCCGACCUGAACGGUGUCGGUGCCGGCGACGCUGCCGCCGCCUGGAAGAGCUCUGUCCUGCCCCUGCGUGCCCAGUACGGUGUCAAGCUUGUCGGCCCCGCCGUUGCUAGCAACGACGCCGGCUCCGCGUGGCUCCAGCAGUUCUACGCCGCCCUCGGCCCCAACGAGAAGCCCGACUUCCUUGGCCUCCACUUCUACACCGGCGCCGAUACCCCCGCCGAGGCCGAGGUUGAGAACGCAAAGAAGUACAUCUCUGACAAGCACGGCGAGUACGGCCUGCCCGUCGUCGUCUCCGAGAUUGGCAGCACCAGCCGUGACCCCGCCAGCGUCGACACCUUCACCAAGUCCACCUCCGAGUGGCUCGACAGCCAGGACUGGGUCAACUCGUACGGCUUCUUCGGCGCCACCACCACCCCCGUCGACGGCUUCGUGAGCCCCGCCGCCCAGCUGCUCGACACCAGCGGUGCCUGGACCCCCCUGGGCCACUGGUGGGUCGGACAGUAAGCGGGAGGCAUAGGGACGAGACGGUUGGGAACCAAAACACUCUUCAUGAUGAACUGCCGCUUCGUUACUUCGCUUCUCCUCCAACCCAAACGUAGGGUCUUUUAGAACGAACUUUGGGUAUGUGUUACGACUUCAUUGCAUAAUGAAUUAGUUUCAGUAAAUACAUACUGUUUG